AUGACAUUAAUUAAUAAUCUCAACAAAGGGGAUUGGAUUAGGAAAGAGCUCUUUCGGGCAAUUGAAGCGUGUCGAAUUGCCAUCAUAUUUCUAUCUAAAAACUACGCCACUUCUACAUGGUGUUUAGAUGAGCUUGUGAAAAUCAUGAAAUAUGAAAAUAAUCGAACCAUUUUCCAGAUCUUUUAUGAUGUUUGCCCAUCAGAUGUCCGGCAUUUGUGGGGUAGCUUUGCUCAAGCCUUUAUUCAACAUGAGAUAAACCACAAGAUUGACCCCAAGAGGGUGAAGAUAUGGAAACGAGCUUUGCGAGCUGCAGCAGAGAUAUCAGGAUUUAACCUGCUCAAUGAUGUCUACAAAGGGUAA